UUGUGUGUGUGAGAGAGAGAGAGAGGAGACCUUAUCUCUCUGACUCUCUUGCCUGCAAAAGACAUUAAACACAAGAAGCCUGUGUUCUUUAACCGCUAUCUCUUCAUUAUAUAUAUUAUUACUCAAUAAAUACUCACUCACUCUCUCCAUUUACAAACCCAACAUAAUCAUCAAGUAGUAGUGCAAAUUGCUCUCUCAUACCCACAAGUGGAAAGUUACCAAAAAAGAACAUAGACCUUAUUAUGUCUUAUUUCAACAAGUCUAGGUUGAAACAUAACACGUUAAACUAUCGAUAGAUUCACAUAGCAAUCCUGAACGAGGACGCUGAAAUUGUUUGUUGUUGUUCUGUAAGUUGAAGUUCUGAUUAUGAAGUUGAGUUGCACAAGAUGAAUCACUCUGUUCCUAAUUUCGAAACGGAUGAAUCCACAGUAGUGGAGGAAGAUGUAAUGGAGCUAAUAUGGCAAAAUGGACAAGUAACUGCCCAAAGCCAAAAUCAAAGAUCUCAAACGGUAGCAGCUUCAGCUCGACCACUAUUUAUACAAGAGGAUGAAAUGGCCACGUGGCUUCAAUAUCCACUUGAAGAUUCUUCUUUCGAGCGUGAUCUCUAUGCUGAUUUUCUCUAUACUACGCCGAGCUCCUCUGUUGUCACCGCCGCCGAGCCGACGCCAGGAGAGAUUGAUACUACCACGACGGAGAUCCGUCCGAAUCAGCCUCUGCCUCAAUUGAGAUGUACUGAGGGCAAAUUUUCACAUCGCUUACAGAAUUUCGGGCAUUUCUCACGAUUGUCUAAAGCAAAAUCGCAGAAUUAUACAUCGAGUUCUGGUAACACAGCUUGGGUAUCAACGAUUGUCGAUUCGAAUGAAACUCCAAUUGCAGAAUUUUCACGCUUAUCGGAUAAAGUAGCGCCAGUUGCCGCCGGGAAUGACGGAGGAAAAGCCACGAGUGAUACUACUACGACGGCGGCGGAAACAACCAGCGGCAGGGAAAUGUCGACGACGGCAUGUGAGUUCACGGGGACGUCAUCGACAAGUGGCUCGAGAGGUAGUGUAAGUGCCAGUGCGGAACCACCGCCGCUGCAGCCUCCGCAGGAGGCGGCGCUUAUGCCGGCGGAGGAUCGGAAACGGAAAGGAAGAGAAAGGGGAAUGGAGGACUAUGAAGAACACAGUGAGGUGGAUGCUGAAUUUGAGUCAGCUGAUGCAAAGAAGCAAACCAGCAGUUCUACAUCCACAAAGAGAUCUCGUGCCGCAGAGGUCCAUAAUCUUUCUGAAAGGAAACGUCGAGAUAGAAUAAAUGAGAAGAUGAAGGCUCUACAAGAACUUAUACCGCGGUGCAAUAAGUCAGACAAAGCUUCAAUGCUGGAUGAAGUGAUUGAGUACGUUAAAUCAUUGCAAAUGCAAGUGCAGAUGAUGUCCAGGGGAUAUAGCAUGGUCCCUAUGAUGUAUCCUGGAGCCCCGCAAUACAUGCCAACGAUGGGAAUGGGUAUGCGUAUGGGGAUGGGUACGGGAAUGGGCAUGAACCGGCCAAUGGUUCCAUAUCCAUCUCUAAUGCCAGGUACGGCAAUGCAGAAUGCAGCUGCAGUAGCACAAAUGACUCCUAGAUUUCCUGUUCCAGCAUCAGUUCCUGUACCUGAUCCGUCCAGAAUCCGAGCAGCGAACCAACCAGAUCAUCCGAUGAUGAACUCACUUGUUGGACAUAAUACUAAUCAGCCAAGACUUCCAAAUCUUAGUGAUCCAUAUCAACAAUAUUAUGCUCUACACCAGGCACAAGUGUUACCACAGUUUUUGAAUGCAAAGUCAGCGAGUGGAACAACCCAGCAGCAGUAACCCAAGCAGCCGCAUAGAAGGAAGUCCAGCAAAUCAUCAAACUGGUUGAUUACAAGGUGGAUCGACCAAGAGAGCCAAAUUUUGUAGUGUAAGAGAUUUAAGAGAAACAAGAGUGCAGUCUACACUGGCUGACUAAUACGAAUAACUUCACUAAUUUGUAAUUAUUAUGAUAGAAUUAGUAUUGCUUUAUAUAUUGUAUUUUUAUCCCUUUAAAAUCAACUGCUGGUUGUCAAACUUGUUAGAAUAUUACCUA